AUGCUGCAUGACAAGCAGCUGAGCGCGCAUGCAGCUGGGUGCCUGAAGCUUGCACUGGAGCUUUUGGAGAAGGUGAACCAGCACGUGCUGGAGGAUGGCGACCUGGACCCCAACGCGCCGGCGGAGGUCAUGGAGUGGUACCGUCACAGCAAGCCCGAG